AUGGACGACCUCUUGAAUCUCGAGCUUCUGUCUCUCGUAUCAAAGGUCACGUCCGAGCUCCAGAAUCACGUGGGUGUUGGCGACAAGACCCUGGCAGAGUUCCUCAUCGCCCACCGGCUCGAAAGCCGCGACUCGAGCGAUUUCCGCAACAAGCUCGACAAGCUCGGCGCAGACUUUCCGCCAAGCUUGGUGGACAGCAUCGACCGCCUGGUGCUUGCCCUGCACCCCAAGUUCAAGGGCGAGAACGGGCAGGCCAACGGAGAGGAGCAUCGACAUCGCUCGAGGACGCUGCAGGAGAAAGAAAAGGUUUUCAGCGGCCUCGCUCUUGCUGACCGGGAGCCUGGAAACGACGGCGGAGAUGCCAUUGACGACACCCUGGCGCUCCUGGAAGGCCUGGAAGGCAGAGCGAGCAAGGGGAAAGACUCGCGCAAGCGCAGCAGAAGUCCCGAUUACGACAAGCAAUCUCGGCGGCGACGGAGGCGAGAUGGCUCAGGCUCGCGUGAGCGGUUGAAGCAGCGUUUCCGGUCACGGUCUACAUCACGAGAUGGCGACGACCAAGGCUGGCGAGAUGGAUUCAGCCCAUCUCGAAGACAACGACGCGGCCGCCCAAGAAAUCACGUCGAUGAUGAUGAUGGUGAUGAUGAUUAUGGCCACCGCGACAACGGCGACGGCGACGAUCGAUUGCGCAGAACCCCAGAACCCAACUUGGACGACGAACCUCAACUCCACAAAGUGUAUCAAGGACGCAUAACGGGUCUGAAAGAUUUUGGCGCCUUUGUUCGGCUGCGGCACGUCAAGGGCAAGGUGGAUGGACUCGUGCACAUAUCGAGAAUCAUGGCCGGGCAGAGAGUAAACCAUCCCUCCGACCUGCUAUCAAAAGACCAGAACGUUUGGGUCAAAGUGAACAGCAUUGAGGGGAACAGGAUCGGCCUAUCCAUGAAGGACGUGGACCAAGACUCGGGCCGGGAUCUGCAGCCGCAGGCACGACUUACCACAGGCGCCAACACGGAAGCCCUUGGCGGUGGCGGCAGGAACGGCUUCGCGGACGGCACAACGGCAAUGCCGCGAGAUGCGCUUGGAGCCCCGCCGCCUCAUAGGAGAAGAAUGACGUCGCCGGAGCGAUGGGAAAUACGGCAGCUCAUUGCUUCCGGGGUAGCCAAAGCUGCCGACUAUCCCGACCUGGAGGAAGAUUACAACGCAACCCUUCGCGGCGACGGCGAGAUGGAACUGGAACAAGAGGUUGACAUCGAAGUUCGCGACGACGAGCCGCCCUUCCUGGCGGGGCAGACCAAGCAAUCCCUGGAACUGUCCCCGAUCCGCGUCGUCAAGGCACCUGAUGGCUCCAUGAACCGUGCGGCCAUGUGCGGGACGGCGAUAGCCAAGGAACGCAAAGAGCUGAAGCAGCAGGAGGCAGACGCGGCCGCAAAGGAGAAGCAGACGAACCAGAACCUGUCGUCCCAGUGGCACGAUCCCAUGGCCGACCCGGACAAGCGCACCUUUGCGAGCGACCUGAGAAGCGCGAGGAUGCAUGCCGAGCCGGACGAGGUUCCCGAGUGGAAGAAGGCCGUCGUCCCCAAGGGGCAGCCGGUCGGCAAGCGAACCAAGCUCAGCAUGAAGGAGCAGCGCGAGUCGCUGCCCAUGUUCGCCUUCCGCAGCCAGAUCAUCCAGGCCGUGCAGGAGCACCAGAUCAUGAUCGUGGUCGGCGAGACGGGGUCGGGCAAGACGACGCAGCUGACGCAGUACCUGGCCGAGGCGGGCUUCGCGGACAGGGGCAUCAUCGGGUGCACGCAGCCCCGGAGGGUGGCCGCCAUGUCGGUCGCCAAGCGUGUGGCGGAGGAGGUCGGGUGCCGGCUGGGCGGCGAGGUCGGGUACCUGGUGCGGUUCGACGACUGCACAAGCGCCGCGACGAGGAUCAAGUACAUGACGGACGGAAUGCUGCAGCGCGAGAUCCUCAUGGACUCGGACCUGAGGCGGUACUCGGUCAUCAUGCUGGACGAGGCGCACGAGCGGACCAUUGCCACGGACGUGCUGUUCGCCCUGCUCAAGAAGGCGGUGAAGCGCCGGCCGGACCUCAAGAUCAUUGUGACGUCGGCGACGCUCGACGCCGACAAGUUCUCGUCCUACUUCAACGAGUGCCCCAUCUUCACGAUCCCUGGCCGCACGUUCCCCGUGGAGAUUCUGUACUCGAGGGAGCCCGAGUCGGACUACCUGGACGCGGCGCUCAUCACGGUGAUGCAGAUCCACCUGACGGAGCCCAAGGGCGACAUACUGCUGUUCCUGACGGGCAAGGAGGAGAUUGACACGGCGUGCGAGAUCUUGUUUGAGCGCAUGAAGGCGCUGGGGCCGUCGGUGCCGGAGCUGCUGAUCCUGCCCGUGUACGCGCAGCUGCCGGCGGAGAUGCAGAGCCGCAUCUUCGACCCGGCGCCGCCGGGGGCGCGCAAGGUGGUCAUCGCGACCAACAUUGCCGAGACGUCCAUCACCAUUGACGAGAUCUACUAUGUCGUGGACCCGGGCUUCGUCAAGCAGAACGCGUACGACCCCAAGCUGGGCAUGGACUCGCUCGUGGUGACGCCCGUGUCGCAGGCGCAGGCGAACCAGCGGGCCGGGCGGGCGGGCCGCACCGGCCCCGGCAAGUGCUUCCGGCUGUACACGGAGGCGGCGUACCAGUCGGAGAUGCUGCCGACGACGAUCCCCGAGAUCCAGCGGCAGAACCUGUCGCACACGAUCCUGAUGCUCAAGGCCAUGGGCAUCAACGACCUGCUGCACUUUGACUUUAUGGACCCGCCGCCGGUCAAGACGAUGCUGACGGCGCUCGAGGAGCUGUACGCGCUCAGCGCGCUCGACGACGAGGGCCUGCUGACGCGCCUGGGGCGCAAGAUGGCCGACUUCCCCAUGGACCCGUCGUCGGCCAAGGUGCUGCUGGCGGCCGUGGACCACGCCUGCUCCGACGAGGCGCUCAGCAUCAUCGCCAUGCUCUCCCUCCAGGGCGUCGUCUUCUACCGGCCCAAGGAGAAGCAGGCGCAGGCGGACCAGAAAAAGGCAAAGUUCCACGACCCCCACGGCGACCACCUGACCCUGCUCAACGUGUACAACGCGUGGAAGCAGCACGCCUACUCGAGCCCCUGGUGCUUCGAGAACUUCAUCCAGGCGCGCUCGAUGCGCCGCGCCAAGGACGUGCGCGACCAGCUCGUCAAGAUCAUGGAGCGCUACAAGCACCCCGUCGUGUCGUGCGGCCGCGACACGGACCGCGUGCGCCGCGCCCUCUGCGCCGGCUUCUUCCGCAACGCCGCCCGCAAGGACCCCCACGAGGGCUACAAGACGCUCACCGAGGGCACCACGGUCUACCUGCACCCGAGCUCGGCCCUGUUCGGCAAGCACGCCGAGUGGGUCAUCUACCACGACCUGGUGCUCACCACCAAGGAGUACAUGCACUGCACGUCGGCCAUCGAGCCCAAGUGGCUGGUCGAGGCGGCCCCGACCUUCUUCAAGGUCGCCCCGAGCGACAGGCUGAGCAGGCGCAAGAAGACGGAGAGGAUCCAGCCGCUGUACAACAAGUUUGCCGGGGAGGACGACUGGCGCCUGAGCGCGCAGCGGAGGGGGGGGCGCGGCGGCGGCGGCGGCACCUGGGGAUGA